UUUUUUAAUAUAAAAUUUGUUGUACAUUUAAAAGAAAUUAACAAUGGAUUCGGAUUUAUAUGAAUUAAAAGGAACCGAUGAAAGUAACGAAGUUGGAGGUUUAAUAAUAAUGAAGAAAAAACCUUCCGAGCAUGCUUUUAAAAAGCCUACGCUGCCGCCUGUAAUUCCUGACACGAAGAAGGAAAAACGAAAGUACAGAGCACCUGCAGAGGAAACACCAACUCACACUGGAGGUGUUGACAGAGCCGCGAAGGAAAGACUUGAGCAGCGAAUCAAGAAACAAAGACACGACGGGCAUUCCAGGGACCGAGAACAUAAAAGACAUCGGGACCGAAGUAGUGAAAGAGAUCGGAGAGAGAGAGAUCGGGAUCGCCAUUAUGACAGGAGGAGCGAGAGGCGAGACAGUCAUCGCAGUAGUCAUCGCCAGGAUUCCAUUAGGUUUAAAGAUGAACCAAGAACGCCUCAAUUUAGGGUUAAGGAUUCAACUUCAAAGUGUUCCUGGGAUGAAGACGACGACGAAGUGAUAAAAAAAUCAAGCUGGGACCAUCCAACACCGAAACACUACAGCUCGCAGCGAGAGCACAGUGUUAGAAGUGAAUUCACACCUUCAUACAAGUACAACUCUUGGAACAAAGACCGUAAGUCCUCAGGAGCGACUCCUAAGCCAGAAAUUGAAGACUCUGAGUACUGGGAGGAGGAACAGAAGCGGCUGGACCGAGAAUGGUACGGUACAGACGACUACGAGAGCCGACAGUUCUCGAACAUUCCCGAGGAGUACGUCAAGAAGAAGGAAAUGGAGCUGCAGACGAAGCCUCAGAAGAGAAUGUCUGCCCAGCAGAAGCAGACCAACAAAGACGACAACAAGUGGGCUCUCAACCGGAUGGUUACUGCUGGAGUCGCCACAUUGCUGACCCAGGACGACCUCGACGAAGAAGCGGAGGCCAGGGUUCAUGUGUUGGUCCAUCACGUCGUUCCUCCGUUCCUCGAUGGAAGAAUCGUCUUCACCAAGCAACCCGAGCCGGUGAUUCCCGUCAAAGAUCCCAACAGUGACAUGGCUCUCGCUGCCAGGAAGGGCUCGGCUCUUGUUCAUCAUUAUCGAGAGCAGAAUGACAGACGGAAGAACCAGAAGCGACACGUUGAACUCGGUGGUACAAGACUAGGGAACAUUAUGGGAGUCAAGGACCAGCGGAAUGAGGACCGAGAGAAGCCUGGUCAAGAAGUUGAUUACAAGUCCGGUCAAAAGUACGCCAAACACAUGGGCCCAGACUCCUCCAGCACCAAAAGGCGCCAGGAGAUUUUAAAUCAACGCAGGAGCCUUCCGGUGUUUGCUGUCAAGGGGGAACUGCUGAGGGUCAUCAGAGAGAACAACGUGGUGAUUAUUGUCGGAGAAACUGGAAGUGGAAAGACCACUCAGUUGACUCAGUACUUGUACGAAGAGGGCUACGCCAAGAACGGGUUAAUCGGAUGUACUCAGCCGCGUCGUGUGGCCGCAAUGUCAGUCGCCAAGAGAGUCUCCGACGAGAUGGAUUCCAACCUGGGUGACAAAGUCGGGUACGCCAUCCGAUUUGAAGACUGCACUUCUAAAGACACUGUCAUCAAGUACAUGACUGAUGGUAUUCUCCUGAGAGAAAGCUUGAGGGAAAAAGACCUUGACAAGUACAGCGUGAUCAUCAUGGACGAAGCCCACGAGCGUUCUCUCUCUACAGACGUUCUUUUUGGGUUGUUGAGAGACAUCGUUAAAGAAAGAAUGGACUUGAAGUUGAUAGUUACUUCAGCUACCAUGGACUCGACGAAAUUCGCGGAAUUUUUUGGAAGCGCGCCGACCUACAACAUUCCCGGAAGAACUUUCCCUGUGGAGCACAUGUACGCCAAGAAUUCUGUGGAAGAUUAUGUUGACGCUGCGGUCAAGCAGGUUCUGCAAAUCCACUUGCAGCCGAAGAGCGGGGACAUCCUGGUGUUUAUGCCGGGUCAGGAAGACAUCGAGGUCACUUGUCAAGUCCUCAAAGAAAGGCUGGAGGAGAUUGAGUCUGCUCCAGAGCUGUUGAUUCUCCCGAUUUACUCCCAACUUCCUUCGGACUUGCAGGCUAAAAUUUUUCAGAAGUCCCAGGAGGUGAGAAAAUGCGUCGUCGCGACCAACAUCGCCGAGACUUCACUGACCGUCGACGGAAUAGUCUUUGUAGUUGAUUCCGGGUAUUGUAAGCUGAAAGUUUACAACCCGAAAAUAGGAAUGGACGCACUGCAGGUCUACCCAGUCUCCAAGGCGAAUGCCGACCAGCGGGCUGGUCGUGCUGGAAGAACUGGUCCGGGAAUUUGUUACAGGUUGUACACGAGAAAGCAGUACCUGGACGAACUGCUGCUUACAGGAGUUCCUGAGAUCCAGAGGACGAACCUGGCCAACACCGUUCUACUGCUCAAGUCUCUGGGAGUUGAAAAUUUACUCGCGUUUAAAUUUAUGGACCCUCCACCAGAGGACAAUAUUCUUAACUCGCUGUACCAGCUGUGGAUUUUAAAAGCCUUGAACAACACAGGUGAGCUUACUGCUCUCGGUCGUCAGAUGGCUGAGUUCCCGCUGGACCCUCCUCAGUGUCAAAUGUUGAUCGUCGCGUCUCAGCUCGGCUGUACUUCGGAGAUCCUGAUAAUUGUCUCGAUGCUCUCCGUCCCUUCGAUAUUUUACCGACCUAAGGGCCGAGAAGAAGACUCGGAUUCUGCGCGAGAAAAGUUCCAAGUUCCGGAGUCCGACCACCUGACCUUCCUCAAUGUAUAUAACCAGUGGAAGUCCAACGGGUACUCAAGCACUUGGUGCACGGAGCACUUCAUCCACGCAAAGGCCAUGAGAAAAGUCCGGGAAGUUCGAUUGCAGUUGGAAGAAAUCCUGAAGCAGCAGAAGUUGGAGCUGGUCAGCUGCGGAACUGAUUGGGAUGUUGUACGCAAGUGUAUUUGCUCGGCGUACUUCCAACAAGCGGCAAGACUCAAAGGGAUCGGGGAGUACAUCAAUCUCAGAACUGGAAUGCCUUGUCACUUGCAUCCUACCUCGGCGCUUUUUGGAAUGGGCUUCACUCCGGACUACGUCGUGUAUCAUGAGCUGGUGAUGACUGCUCGCGAGUACAUGCAGUGUGUCACUGCUGUUGACGGACACUGGCUCGCUGAACUUGGCCCGAUGUUCUUCAGUGUUAAAGAAACUGCUGGAGGUGGUCGGGCCAAGAUGAAGCAGACUCUCCAGCGCAUGAAUGCGAUGGAAGAACAGAUGAAGCAGGCCGAGCUGGAGAUGAAGGCCAAGGCCCAGGAGCAGCUCGAGAGGGAGCAAGCUUCCAUCCGGCACCAGGAGAUUUCCACGCCAGGGAGAUUCGAGCCCGGGACUCCGAUGUCCUGUCGGAAGCCAGGAAGCUUUGGCUUGUAAAUAAUUAAAAUCAAUUUAGCAGAUAUUUUAUAAUUUUUAGACUUUGUUUAACAAAUAAAUUACAACAC